GGCGCGUCCCGGGGCGAGGCCUAUGGGCAGGGAUGCUGCCCCGCCCCGGAGGGCCGCACCGCGCACUGGUACUUGAAUGCAGAGCCGCCGCCCAGGCGUCCUGAUCAGCGGUAGGAGCGGACACCCGGCGCACAGCAGAAAAAUGGCAGACAGCUUUUCGCUAAAUGAUGCCUUAGCUGGCUCUGGAAACCCAAACUCUCAAGGAUGGCCAGGUGCAUGGGGGAAUCAGCCUGGAGCAGGGGGCUAUCCAGGGGCCUCCUAUCCUGGGGCCUACCCAGGGCAGGCACCUCCUGGGGCCUACCCAGGACAGGCACCUCCUGGGGGUUAUCCUGGGCAGGCGCCUCCUAGUGCCUACCCUGGCCCAACGGCCCCUGGAGCUUAUCCUGGAGCUCCUGCACCUGGAGCCUUCCCAGGGCAACCUGGUGCCCCUGGAGCCUACCCUGCUGCUGGCCCCUAUGGAACCCCUGCUGGACCACUGAGUGUGCCCUAUGAUCUGCCCUUGCCUGGAGGAGUCAUGCCUCGCAUGCUGAUAACAAUCCUGGGCACAGUGAAACCCAACGCAAACAGGAUUGCUCUAGAUUUCAAGACGGGGAAUGAUGUUGCCUUCCACUUCAACCCUCGCUUCAAUGAGAACAACAGGAGAGUCAUCGUGUGCAACACUAAGCAGGCUAACAACUGGGGAAGGGAAGAAAGACAGUCGGCUUUCCCAUUUGAAAGUGGCAAGCCAUUUAAAAUCCAAGUACUGGUUGAACCUGACCACUUCAAGGUUGCAGUCAACGAUGCUCACCUUUUGCAGUACAAUCAUCGGAUGAGAAAUCUCAGGGAGAUCAGCAAACUGGGAAUUUCUGGUGACAUAACCCUCACCAGUGCUUCCCACACUAUGAUCUAACCCAGAAGAGGCAGUACCUAAAACUGAAUUUAAAAUUUAUACAUGUAAAGGCUCCAUGCUCACUACGAGUGAAAAAAUUUACAUUUAUUCCUCUAUAUCAUUGUAAGCCAUUCACUUAAUAAAUAUUCUUAUGCUGAA